AUGGCAUCCGAAUUUACAAAUCAGGUCCAACAGCUUCUAGAAAGAAUCCCUCCAGUGACCAGAUAUGGAAUGUAUACCAUGUCUACAAUUACAGUGCUGUAUUUGUGUCAACUUUUAUCACCGCAUACAUAUGUUUUAGACUUCGAUUCUGUAUUUAAGAAGCGUGAGGUUUAUAGACUCAUCAGUAACUUUUUCUUUAUCGGAAGCGGGCUUAGUUUUAUUUUUAAUUUGUUUUUCUUUUACCAGCAUGGAUCGUUUCUUGAAAGCCAUGUACAUCAAAGAAAUACAAAGAGCUACUUGUACUAUUUAUUAAAAAUAGUUCUCGUCAUAGACGUAUUUAGCUUGUUUUCUGGAAUAGGUUCAGCUCUCUUCUCUUCUCUUUCUUGUGCGAUGGCAUAUACAUGGUCUUUGUACAAUGCCCAUCAGAAAGUGCAAGUGUUUUUCUUAUUCCAGCUUCCAGGAAAAUAUUUGCCCUAUUCCUUACUUGGUAUGAGCUUUUUAAUGGGCGGCCCAGCUGCCUUAAUUGAAUCUGGGUUUGGUUUGCUAGCUGGUUUCCUUGUUUCUAAGCUAGAUUCUCAUCAACCAUUUACAGGGUUUUCUUCUUUUGCGCCCAGUUCUACAGUUAAGAAAUCUUCAGCUGCUUUUAAGGGUCGUGGACAGAGACUCGGAAGCUGA